AUAACCGCAAUCGAGACCAAUAUUUGUCGUCCAAAAGAGGCUGCAAUAAUAUGAAUGGAACAAACACAUGAACUGUGAACAAACAUAACUAUAGAAACGAAAACCGGAGAAAUCGAAAGUAUACCGAUGGCAGAUAUUCCAGAAAACGCAGCAGAAAACUGUCCUGGGACACAGAGUGGUGAUGCUGGAAAGUCUAGUGCAUGCCAAGGCUGCCCAAAUCAACAAGCCUGUCUGACAAGUGAAAGUAAAGCACCUGAUCCAGAUAUUGGAAAGAUUGAUGCUGUGCUAUCACAAGUGAGGCACAAAAUUGUUAUUCUGUCUGGAAAAGGUGGUGUGGGUAAAAGCACAUUGACUGCAUCCUUGGCGCGUGCUCUUGCUUCAAAUGAAGAGACUCAGGUUGCAGUGCUUGACAUUGACAUCUGUGGUCCAUCAAUGCCUAGAAUAUUUGGAGUAGAGUUUGAACAGGUACAUCAAAGCUUAUCUGGCUGGUCUCCAGUAUUCGUUCAAGAUAAUUUGUCGUUGAUGUCUGUUGGCUUCCUGCUCAGCAGUCCAGAAGAAGCAGUCAUUUGGAGGGGCCCACGUAAAAAUGGCCUGAUAAAGCAGUUUUUAUGCGAUGUUGAUUGGGGUCAGCUGGACUAUCUUUUGAUAGACACCCCACCUGGUACAUCUGAUGAGCAUUUAUCUGUUGCGCAGUAUCUCAAGCUUGCAGGUGUUGAUGGCGCUAUACUAGUCACAACACCCCAGGAGGUAGCAUUACAAGAUGUUCGAAAAGAAGCGAACUUUUGUGCAAGGUUGGGUUUACCAAUCAUAGGUAUAAUUGAAAAUAUGAGUGGCUUCAUAUGCCCCAAUUGUAAGGAACAGUCACAGAUUUUUCCACCAACAACUGGCGGAGCAGGCAAGAUGGCAGAAGUAUUGAAUGUACCACUUUUGGGAAAAAUUGCCCUCGAUCCUAGCAUAGGUCGCAGCUGUGAUGAUGGACUGUCGUUUCUCUCAGAGAGACCAGAAUCACCGGCAGCUGCUGCCUUACUCAGUAUUGUUGAAAAUGUGAAACUUUUUUGCAACCGUCCAUGAGUUUGUAGCAGUAAGCGAUAUAAUUGUAGAAAUUAACGCAUGGAUACCCCAAUUUCCUUGUUCAGUUUCCUUGUCCAAAUGCAAGCUUCAUAGCAACAAAUUCUACUGUUCAAGUGUUGUCUACGCAAGUACAGUAUUUUUUAAUGGAAUUUUUUAGAUGAUGAUGUACAGUAAAACGCGCAUAUAAAAAACCUACUUUUUUAAGAACCGCUAUAUUAAAGAAUGGUAUGUUGGGCGUUGCUAACCCCUUUGGAAUUCCAAAAAUUGGUUCCUAUUGAAGGAUUAAGAAAGAUGCAUCGCCGACAGGUCAUCGACGAGUGAAAGUUAAAUGGAAACACUGCCACAAGGUUGUUGCCGACUUAUCGGCGAUGCCCUGCAAAAGUUAAAUCUAGUUCAACUUUUUUCUGUCGGCGACGUGGGCGAUGACUGAAAAUUUUAAUGGAAACAUACAUCACCGACCCGUUGGCAACUCUGUAUGGACGCAUGACCCACACUAGCCAAUCAAAAUCAUUAUCAAUCAACAUGCCCACCCGUUAGGCACAGUUUGUUGUCAAAAGGCUCCCUAGAAGGCCUGGGUUUAGAGUGGCGCCGAUGCGUCGGCGACACGUAAGAGUUAUAAGGAAACCAGGCUGGAAGGAUCAAUUAUACAAUAACCUAACACCCAAAUAAUCAUUACCAUUUCGUUUGAUAAGAUCCCAUCUAGGCAAAACUGAAAAAAUGUAGGUUCUUAUACCCAAGUUUUAACUGCAGUUCUAUUAUAAGUUUUAAGCAUAGGUACGUUAAGUAUUAAAAACAUUGUUACAAAAUGCAAAAUAUCAUGGGAGACUCAGUUUAGCAAUGACUAUUAUCAAGAAAGAA